UCUUUCCCCACGUCGACGCGUUUUUAACUUGUUUCGAUGAGUUCUUGUCCCAAGUUACCAGUAGCUAUGUGGCUGUAGCCUGUUUGUGUAGUAGGUCUGUGGGAGACCCUUUCUCUGAUGGCACAGUGUCACCACCUUUGCCGUAGCGUGUGCGCUCCUACGAAUAUACGAAUCGGCGAUCGCUUGUUUCUUUGCUUUAUUAUGAUCGGUGAAUGCUACCCGGACUGGUUUGGUUUAAUAGUCAUUGUCUGAAAGCAGCAUGUCAGGAGUACUAUCCUCUGUUUUGGCGACCGACGGCCUUUUGGAAUGGAGGCCAGCCAUGUCGGGUUAUCGGUGAGCAUGCAGCCCUACAUGCCACCUAUUCUUCUUGGAAGGCGUUCGUCGCUUUUAUUGGGAUUGUCGAAGUAUUUUGUCUAAAAGGAAAGAGCCAUGACAACAUGAAUCAGUCUUACAGACGGGCUGUUAGGGGAGGCUCCGUGUUCGGCUCGGGUCAGCCAGAGCUACGGCCCCCCAAUGGCCUCACCACUACUUCCUAUGGAAACCAAUGUGGCAGUCGAAGGCGCAGGUCGGGCCAACCGCCAGCCAUGCAACUGCCAUCCUCCAGCAUCAAAGCAGCACCUGUCCCGGGCUACAGCCCCCCCGACCGGCCCCAUUGUUUCAGCAGCCCGCUGCGGAGCCUUCAGGACCUCAACAGUCUGGUGAGCAGGGGGUCCGACCUGGGCGGGCCCCCCAUGGACGUCCGCGCCAGGACUCACCGGCACUCACCGAGCCCCAUCAGCAACGAGGAAGACGAGGAGGAGGAGGAGGAGGACGACGAUGACGAUGAGUUUGAGGCGCCGUCCGUCCAUCUUCCGCCGUCGCCAGGCGCCGUCCAGACGGACGCCUUCGAGUCGAUCCCGGAGCUGGACAAAAACGGGUUCCCUCCCCACAGCCCCGACAGCAUGGACCGCUGCUCCCCGCUGCCGAACGGCUACCUCCACUUUGAGUCCACGCUGUUCGACGGCGGAGACCUCAAGGUGGAGGAGCGGGGGGGCGGCGGUAAAAAGGAGGACCUCUCCUCCUUCCACUCCUUUUCCCCCAGACCGGGUCUCCACCGCGGCCCGUCGGACCGUAAGACGGCCCCGGCCAGCUCCGGGCCGGACAAACAGAGCGUGUACAAACCGGGCGUCCUCAACCUCAUGGCCCAGACCAUUUCUGAACUCAACCCUACACUAAGCCCCAGCGCGCUGCCCGAGAUCAGUAUGGGAGAGGACUCGAGCGCGGGGGAGAACUCUGACAGCGACGCGGAGCUGUCCUUCAGCCCCGACCACGGGCUGGUCUCGCCGUCCGGCACCAACUCCAACUCAAACAGCCCCAAGAAGAAGCUUCUGUCGGCGGUGAAGUAUCUGAACGGAGACCUGGUCUGGGCUAAGUUCAACCGCCGUCCCUGGUGGCCCUGCCAGAUCGCAUCCGACACGCCGCAGGGGGUUCAUACUAAAAUGAAAGCACCGAGCCAUCGCCCGUGCCGCUUGUAUUUCCUGGAGACGAUCGGUGAGGUAGCGGAGCGGGCCUGGGUCCCAGGGAAGGCCAUUCUUCCUUUCCAGGGAGGUCACCAGUUCAACGAGCUCCCAGUGCUCCGACGGAGAGGGAAGCAGAAGGAGAAAGACUACAAGUAUACGAUUCCCAAGAGUUUACUGACGGCCUGGAAGGUCAGCGUGACCGAAGCGGAGCGCUUAGGUCCCGGUCUCCGAACGGGUGCGGACGACGUGCUGGACGUGCCCCUCAACGGGGAGGUCGGCGACCCCGACCCGCUCCAGGGUCCGGACCCGACCGAGAACCCCCCGACUGAGGCUCACCGGCCGCUGUCCCCGGGCCCCGUCGGGCCCGCGUCGCCCGCCGCGACCCCCAACCGCACGGUGCCCCCUCCCUCCACUGUGCACCCCCCUGUUAGCUCCACUGUAAACCCCACUGUACACCCCACUGUAAACUCUACCGCCAACCAAGGCUUCCAAAAGAAGGCCUGUCGGAAGAAGAAGAAAUGCCUGUCGGACAUAUUCGGCCACAUCGUGGGGGGGUUGAAGGACUCCCCCACGAUCCUGGACCUGGUCAGCCCGCUACCCAAAGCCCCGGACCCCGUCAGAGAGUCCCAGGACUCCCCCUACGCCGACCUGGACUCUAUCCCCAUGCUGAGUCGUCCCAAACGGACAGAGGGGUUUCCCACGCCGGAGACCCAGAGCGGCUCCAAAGCGGUCAAAAAGGAACAGGGUUCAACGCCGGGGAAGGGCGUUGGUGUUGAGGACACGAGCUCGCCGCCCGAGACGGCCGUGAACUCUGCCAAGGCCGCCAGAACCUCCGCAAACAAAUCGGUUUGCCAUGAGAAACGGUUAAGUCAUUUAAAGUCCAACGCGGAUUUGGACGGCUGUAAAAACGUACAAGACGGUUCUCUGGACCAGCACUCCCUGCACCUGCCCGCCAGCAGUCGGCUGAUGACAACAGCGCUGAAGGCCGAGGAGGAGACGGGACUCAAGGACGCCCCGUCGACGGGCCACACCUCCACGAAGAGCCACAACAACGAGGGGGACGACAAGAACGAUGAAGACGACGGCGACGGCGUGCUCAGCGACGCCGAGGCGGGGGCAGACCAGGUCUCGUCCUCCACCGGCCACAGCUCCCCCAAACGCCGCGCAAGGAAGCCCGACAAGAAGCGUGUCUGCAACGGCUCGCUGCCCAAGUCCCCGUCCCGGGGGUCCCGAGCGCCCGCCCUCGUGCCCCCGGCCAAGAUCAAGACGGAGAACGUGGCGUCUGACCUGUCGGCCGGCUCCUCCCCCCCCUCCUCGCUCUCCCCGUUGGACGCCUUCCAGGAGGGCAAGGAGCUGACCUUCAGGUCUCUGGUGAAGGAGGAGGAGGGGGGGGGCAGCGAGGACGGCGACCAGAGCGCCUUCCAGCCGGACGCCAACUACAUGUUCAGCACCUUCCUCAUGCGGCUGAAGGACCGGCACGACACCCGCGAGCUGGAGGGCAGGCCGCUGGUGGUGCCCCGGCCCCCCGUCCUCAUCAAGGAGGAGCCCCUGGUCAUCCCCACCUCCCCGGGGGGUCCGAACCCACUACUGAAGGGCUCCGGCGCCGGCCCCCACCCGGGGGGCCGUAGCUCAGGGAUCAAGGUGGAGAACGGCUGGCCGGGGAAGCCCCCCCUACUGCAGAACGCCACGGCGGCCAAGCCCAAGAAGAAGACCAAGGCCAUCAUGAAAAACGACACCUACAAAUGUGAAGCGCUGCCGCUCCUCUCGCCGGCCGCCGGCGCCGACCGGCAGCGCAGGAAGCAGCGGAUCCCCGCCAAGCUGAAGGUCAGCAUCCCGGGGCUGUCCCCGGACCUGGCGGACAUGGCGUACGGCCGGGAGUUCGUCAGCGGGCACGCCGACCUGGCGGAGCCCGGGUCCCGGGCGUCCCCGCCGGCCGCCGCCGCCCCCCCCGCCGCCCCCGGCCACCCCGGCAUGAGCUGCGAAUCCAAAGUGGCGCCCAAGAAGCGCUGGCAGCUGGCGGAGGGCCUGGCGGAGCGGGGCGGCGGGGGCGGGCCCGCGGGGGGCCGGCCGGGCGGCCAGGUCAACGGGGGGGCGUGCACGGACAGCGCCGGGUUCAGCCCGGGCUCCCCCCAGGUCACGCUGGGCGACGGAAACCUGUCGGAGGACUGCUCCAACGUCUCGGAUUCCAGCGACAAGCGUCUGCGCAGACCCAGUAAGAGACUCCUGGAGGCCAGCGACGAGCGCGAACCAAUAACGUCCCCAAAGAAGAAAUCAAAGAGGAACGCUGAACCCUCCAGAAUGACCAGCGAAGCAGACAGCAGCCCGGAGACCCCCAGUCCGGCGGCAGACCCCCCCUGUCCCCGCACUCCGACCGUGACCUCAUCCUCCAGCCUGGGCUCCGUCCCCCCCCACGCCAGGGGCCCCGGGGCCCGGGGCCGCCUGCAGGAGGACUGCGCCCCCCGGCCGCCCUCCCCCUGCGCCUCCUCCUCCUCCUCCCCCUCCUCCCCCGAGACGGGCGAGGGCCUCGAUCUACCUCCAGACCCCUCGUCAGCAUCCCAAGAGAGGAAAAGGCCAAGGAAACUCUCCCAGCGGAUCCUGGAAUGCACCAUAGAAGAAGUGUCUCUCGCUCCCGCCAACAAGAAGGAGGCCAAGAGACUCUGUGGGAUUACCUCAGAGGAGAAGAAGACCGCCGCAGACACUCAGGACGACCUCAUGAAGAAAGAGCCGGUCGCCCAGAGCAUCGCCAGCCCCCCCAGCCCCGCCGCCAGCCCCCCAGGACCCAGGGGCCCGCCGGGGGUCUUCCUCCCGGCCGAGCCUUCCCCCCCGACCGGGUUCAGGACGCCCAAGAUGGAGGGGGAGGGCUGCGGCUCGGAGGCGGGGCCAACCCUGGCCAAUGGGACGCUUGCUACCAAACCCCAGGGGCUGAGUCCCGGGGUGAACCACAGCUUCCACUCCCACGCGGACGUGAAGGGACGAGCGGGCGCCACCACUCUGAAGGAGAACGUGUGCCAGAUGUGUGAGCGGACCGGGGAGCUGGUUCUGUGUGAAGGCCAGUGCUACGGAGCCUUCCAUCCGCAGUGCCUGGGCUUGGCCGUCGCUCCCAAGAGGAAGUUCAUGUGUCGUGAAUGCAGCUCAGGUGAGCACGCGUGCUACGUGUGCAAGAAGCCGGGCAGCGGCGUGAAGCGCUGCGUGAUUCCCAUGUGUGGGAAGUUCUACCACACGGACUGCGUCAUGGCCUCCUCCACCAGCCAGCCGCAGGGAAAAGGCUUCCGCUGCUCCCUGCACGUCUGCCUGGCCUGCCACAUCGCCAACCCCCUCAGCCUCUCCAGCUCCAAAGGUCGUCUGGCCCGCUGUGUGCGCUGUCCCGUGGCCUACCACGCCAACGACAACUGCAUGCCCGCCGGCAGCCUGGUGCUGGCCAACAACAGCUUCCUCUGCCCCAACCACUUCACGCCACGCAAGGGCUACAAGAACCACGAGCACAUCAACGUCAGCUGGUGCUUCGUCUGCUCUGAAGGGGGAAGUCUCUUGUGCUGUGAAUCCUGUCCAGCUGCGUUCCACCAGGAGUGUCUGAACAUCCAGAUGCCCCAGGGCAGCUGGUUCUGUAACGACUGCAAGGCCGGGAAGAAGCCGCGCAUCAAGGACAUCCUGUGGGUGAAAUGGGCUCGCUACAGGUGGUGGCCGGCCGAGGUCUGCCUGGCCAAAGACGUCCCGGAGAACACCCUGCGGAUGAAGCACGAGGUGGGAGAGUUCCCCGUUCAGUUCUUCGGCUCCAAGGACUUCGUGUGGACCUACCAGGCGAGGGUCUUCCCCUACAUGGAGGGCGACACGCACAACAUCGAGAAGAUGGGCAAGGGCGCGGACGCCAUCUACAAGAAAGCCCUGACGGUGGCCGCGGAGCGCUUCAGAGAGCUGACGGCGGAGAAGGAGAUGAGACAGCUGCAGGAGGACCGGAAGAACGACAAGAAGCCCCCUCCCUACAGGCACAUCAAGGUGAACCGACCGAUCGGCAAGGUGCAGAUCAUCACGGCAGACCAAUCGGAGAUCCCGCGCUGCAACUGCAAGGGGUCGGACGAGAGCCCGUGUGGCGUGGACUCGGAGUGCAUCAACCGCAUGCUGAUGUACGAGUGCAGCCCCCAGGUGUGUGUGGCCGGGGAACGCUGCCAGAACCAGGCCUACACCAAGCGGCAGUACUCCCCCGUGGAGAUCUUCAGGACGCUGGCCCGGGGCUGGGGCCUCAGGGCCAUCCUCGACAUCAAGAAGGGAGCCUUUGUGAACGAGUACGUCGGGGAGGUGAUAGACGAAGAGGAGUGUCGCGCCAGGAUCCGCCACGCGCAGGAGAACGACAUCUGUAACUUCUACAUGCUUACACUGGACAAGGACCGGAUCAUCGACGCGGGGCCCAAGGGGAACCAGGCGCGCUUCAUGAAUCACUGCUGCCAACCCAACUGUGAGACGCAGAAGUGGACGGUGAACGGGGACACCAGGGUGGGGCUGUUCGCCAUCCAGGACAUCCCCCAAGGUGUGGAGCUGACCUUCAACUACAACCUGGAGUGUCUGGGCAACGGGAAGACGGUCUGCAAGUGUGGAGCCCCAAACUGCAGCGGGUUCCUGGGGGUCCGGCCAAAGAACCGGCCGUCGGCAGAGAAGCUCAAGCUGAGGGAGGGCAAGAAGAAGCUCCCCAUGAAGAAGAAGAGCAAGCCGGAGCUGACCAAGGAGAGGGAGGAUGAGUGCUUCAGCUGCGGGGACGCCGGUCAGAUCGUGUCCUGCAAGAAGCCCGGCUGUCCCAAGGUGUACCACGCAGACUGCCUCAACCUGGCCAAGAGGCCGGCAGGGCGGUGGGAGUGUCCCUGGCACCAGUGCGACGAGUGCGGCAAAGAGGCGGCCUCGUUCUGCGAGAUGUGCCCCAGCUCGUACUGCAAGGAGCACCGCGACGGCAUGCUGUUCAUCUCCAAGCUGGACGGCAAGCUGUCCUGCAGCGAGCACGACCCCUGUGGCCCGGACCCGCUGGAGCCCGGGGAGAUCCGCGAGUACACCGCCCCGGUGGCCCCCGCCGCCAUGGGCCCGUCUCCCUUCCCUAAAGCGGGGGCUCCUCCGGGGCCCGGGGCCACCGCCGACGCCAACGCCGCCGCUCCCCAGCCCGCCGUGGGAUCGGCCGUGGGAUCGGCCGCCGGAUUGGCCGUCGCGGCCUCGGCCAAGCCGCUCCCCCCUCCCCGUCUCUACAUCAACACCAAGACGGCCACCUCCAGCUUCCUGCCCACUGGCCGCGCCUACGGGUCGGACGGCUCCGAGGGGCCCGUCUCGUCCCCCGAGGGCUCGUCCAAGGUCCCGGGCGAGGAGGAGGAGGAGGAGGGCGGUGAGGAGGAGGACGAUGAGGAUGAUGAGGAGGAUGAGGAAGAUGAGGAUGAUGAUGAUGAUGAUGACGCGAUGGAGAUUGUGGAGGACGAGGAGGACAAUAAUCCACAGUAUGGUGGGAAAGAGGUGGAGGAGGAUGAGGAUGAAGAUGGGGAGGUAUACAACUCAUGGGGUGAUUAUGUGGAGGGUGAGGAAGACGACGGUGAAGUGGAGGGCAGUGAUAUGGGCGAAUUGGGGAGGGUUGAGGAUGAGUGACAGUUGCCGAGCCCAUCCAUCCAUCCAUUCAUCCGUCCAUCCAUCCAUCCACCCACAGAUCUCUUCCUUUGACUGAAGUUGACCAAGCAUUCCUAAGAAAUGACAUCAGCCACGACGCGCCGUAGACAUUUUAUUUUGGAGGAGGGACAAGGAUGGGGGUAGGGACGAUGGCUGAGAGACUUUAUCCACUUGGUACUGAAGUUGAAUGCAACACUGCCUUCAUGUGGGGGUGCUGCGCAGCCUUCCGGCCCCCCUGGGUCGGAGACUCCGGGGGGUGUACUGGUGCUAUAGCCCGAGGACUCGCCCCAUCGGCCCGUUUAUACUAACUGUUGAUAUGCUUAUUUCUGUCUGGUGCUGUCAUGUUGUUUGUUUUUUUUUCUCAAAAAGUUGUUUACAUUUUUUUGUUGCCUUUUUUUUUUAUGUUCGGAGUACAAAAAAAAUUAUGAGAAAACCUCAACUUGUCACUUACUGUCAUCACAUGGCCAUCCUAUCAUGUAGUUUUUGACUUGUCGUUUUGAGUACAAGCGUUGUCAGAAUCAUGUUUUUCAUCGUUCAAUGUUAAAACUGAGAGGUAACAACUGCUUGGUUCAUACAAGGAUGGGUGAGAAUAAACCAUUUAAAUACAAAUUUAAUGUAAAAUGUUGUUUUUCCAGGAGGAGUCAACAAACCAGUACGUUUGGAACAGCUCAGGCAGGCCAGUGAUUGCUGCAGGACACAGUGCUUAACGAUGACACUAUAGCUAACGAUGCAGACAUUGUCGUGUUGCUAUGGGAACGAUUUCAGAGGGAACGGUUUUUGAAACAGGAACCUUGAUCUCUGUUCAACACUAAUUACCGGGCGUUUGGUUCGGAGCACUGUUGAAAUACAAUUCUUACAGAUUCAGAAAUCAGCAGUUCCAUCAUAAGCAGUCUCAUCAUAAGUAAGUGUCAUUGUUUUUUAAAUAACCCAAAUUUCCCUGGAUCCGAUUUAUCUCACAUGGCGGUCAGUUUUCUAUAUCUACUUUACAGAUAUCCUUGUACUUAAAUUCAACAAUUUGAACGAUUUGAAAUCUGUGAUAUGGUGCUGGAAUCCCUUUGCCACAUAAUCCAAGAAACUGCAGCCAAAUAUAGAUUGGCCAAAGCAAGCACUGGGCGACGGGAUAGCGAAGAGUGGAUUAUUGUACUUCUGUCCAGGCAGCUGCUCCAUCACGUUGUUGACUUGUGUUUUCCAAGCUGAGCGUCUUUCAGAUAUUUUGUCGUGCUUUAAGUUGUAUUUGGUCAUGUCUGCUUUGGUUUUGUUCUCAAUCCAUUUGAGUAUAAAGUAUUAUUUAUUUCUGAUGGGAAAGUCAUGGUUAGUUUACCUUUUUCUUUUUUUUUUGGCUGUGGUGGCCAUGUAGAUGAUAAUCUGUGUUUUUCGGUUAUCUACUCGGACACAAACUUUUGUCUCCAACAAAAACGGUUUUAGAAAGGUAUUAAAUAUGGUCAAGGGAUUUCAAACCAAUGUCAAAGCAGUGGAAAUGGGAUUUGAAUGUCAUUGUAAAAAAAAAAAAAAAAAAAAGGAUCAAACCUAUAAAGUAAUUGAGUGUUGGGUAAAAUCAAAAGAAUGUACUGCAUUUGCAGGUUUUUGGGGGAAAUAUUUCCAUGAAGCACUUCUAGUUUACACUGCAUAUUUAUCAGUUGGUCACCACACUUAAUAGACAUGCAGGUAAUGUAGGCCUACCAUUUUGUUACUGAGUUUUGUACUUCUCAAUAGUCUUUUACAUUGUCAUGUAUAAUAUUUGUAAGCACAAUACCAACUGAGUUUCAUCCAUUGUUGACUCCUUUCCUCAUUGGGUAAAUCUUGCAAAGAAAUGUUUUAAUCAAACUGUACUGUGCUCAAGAAUAAUCUAUGUGUUAGUAAAGUUUUACGACAGUAGCAUUUUAAUCAAAUUCUAUGUUACCCCUUUCUGGCUUAUUUAAUUAACCCAAUCCAAUGAACAAUACAUAAGUCAGAUAGCAUAUACACCAUCAAUAUCAGAUCUAGAAGAUUAAAAUGGCCAACAGCAGUUCCUCCGAGUAGGGUCCAGCUGCAACCCCGGAGAACAACACCUUGGCGUGACAACAACCCAUGCGCGACGGAAGUACUCUGG